AGCAUCGCGCGAGUCGGCUUCAAAGGUGCAACCGUCAUGUAAACCAGUGCACGCAAUCAUGUCUCAUCUCAGCAUCGCGAGGUAAUUAAAAUCCGGGAUCAUGCGGCUGAUCCACGCGUAGCGUGCCAUUCCCGGAGUUUCCGGCCCACCGGAAGAAGUUGAUUGUGUUAUCCCGCCGUGAACAUGAUCCCUGAAAAAAUGGACGCAAACGCUUCCAUCGCCAACACCACCCGGAACUUGUCGGAUCCGGGCUUGGACCACUUCAUGCUCCUCUUCGAAGACAUCGACCAGUUUUUCAGCCAUCUCAACUUGUCCAACGACUCGGAUUACGCCACUUUCGACCGAUUGUUUAACUGCACUUCCAACAGCAGUAACAGCUCGUGUUUUGGGCACUCGGAGUCCACCGGAAAUCGGAACUACUGGGCCCUGGUCCUGGUGCUCUUCCCCAUUUUCACCCUCUUCGGCAACGUGCUUGUGAUUUUGAGUGUUUACAGGGAGCGAACUCUGCAAUCGGCCACUAACUACUUCAUUGUUAGUCUGGCUUUGGCCGAUCUCCUGGUGGCCGUCGUCGUCAUGCCGUUCGCCGUCUACGUGCUGGUGAAUGGGGCUUGGACACUACCAGGUUUUGUCUGCGAUUUCUACAUCGCGAUGGACGUCACAUGCUCAACUUCUUCCAUCUUCAACUUGGUCGCGAUCUCGAUAGAUAGGUAUAUCGCCGUGACCCAGCCGAUAAAAUACGCCAAGCAUAAGAACAACCGAAGAGUGUGGUUAACCAUCGCCCUCGUGUGGAUGAUAUCGGCGGCCAUUGGCUCCCCCAUCGUCCUCGGCUUAAACAACACCCCCGAUCGCGUAGCAGAUGCGUGCCUAUUCUACAAUAGCGAUUUUAUCAUCUACUCCAGUCUGUCCUCGUUCUACAUUCCUUGUAUCAUCAUGGUUUUCCUUUAUUAUAAUAUAUUUAAGGCGUUGAGAAAUCGUGCGCUUCAGGCACGUCUCAACCGCAAACCUCUCCCUUCCGAAAUCAAGCCCGGAUCUGUGAUAGAGAACGUGGCGAACACCAGACGUUUAGCCGAAACGACCCUCGGCCCAGCCACCAUCGAAGAACAAGCCACCAACACAGGCUCGGGCUCGGGGGACGAGGACGAGGAAGGGGCCGAAGCCGACUGUCACGUUAUAUCAAACGACAAGAGCACUGAAUUCAUUUUAGCAACAGUAGUCGAAGAAGCCGCAGUGAACCACAAAAACACCAAGCCUAAAUACGACGACGUCAUAUCAAGUGUAGUAGCCAGCCUAGCGUCACCAGCGCCUCUAGCUGAUCCAAACGGAAACAACGAUUCAGGGUAUGCCCCAAGUCAACCAGACACCACAGCACCAGAGAGUCCUAAAAGGAAUCGAAAUCAGUCGAAGAGAAACGGCGCCACUCUCGACACUGAGCUUAGAACCGUUGUAUCAACAAUAAAUACGGGAUCUGACCGCGACAGAUCAACAGGGUCCAAAAAAGAGCGCAAAGCGACUGCAGCGGCCCGCUUCACCAUCUACAAAGUGAACAAAGCGAGUCGUAAAAAGCGCGAGAAAUCGUCGGCAAAAAAGGAGAGGAAGGCCACGAAAACAUUAGCCAUUGUGUUGGGCGUGUUCCUGAUAUGCUGGGUGCCCUUCUUCACGUGCAACAUUAUGGACGCGAUGUGCAGCAAGCUGAACCUUUCCUGUCAGCCGGGGGUGGCGGCGUUUCUCCUCACUACUUGGUUGGGGUACAUGAACAGUUUCGUGAAUCCAGUCAUCUAUACCAUAUUCAAUCCGGAGUUUAGAAAAGCCUUCAAGAAAUUAAUGUUCCUCGGGCCUUAAUUUAAUUCUAGGUUUGUAUAUGUUCGGUUGGAACUCUUUUAUAUAAGAUUUCUCUUGCUCAAUGUACAUAAACGACGUUUUUUCGUAAUCCUGCAUUGAGUUGGUCGCAUUUUUUUCGGCUCAAGCUUCGUUACGUACCUGAAGACUCAGCGGUUUAAUUUCUCUUUCUCUUUCAUUCAUCGGUAGGCGAAUAAGAGAUAUUCCGAAUUUAUUAUAGACAUAUCAUCAAUUUUCAUUCGAAUAUUCAAUGCCCACGCAAAACGAGCUUCAAUCAUUGAUAAUAAUUAGUGUUUUUGUAACGUUGACUCUCUGUCAAAACGGGGUCAAUCAAGUACUUUCAUUCCAAACAUAUUCUGUGAUCGCUCUAAACUUAGACUAGAUUAAUUUUAAAAGAAAUGUUUGAUAUUAUUGAGUUUCGCCUUUUGUAAAUAUGUAUCAGAUUUUACAGCUGCUGUAGAACAAUAUUUGGCGCCCAACAUUGCGGUGAACUAUGCAACCAGCAAUGCACGCCCGAUGUCGGGACACUGCAUUUUUCACUUAUGUUCUCUCUGUACAUACUUGUAAAUACCAAAAAUUACAAAUAAUUUCGGUGGUAAAUCAGUAUUAGAACAGUAAAUUGUCCUUUGUGAGCCAAAGCAAUAUUUGUAAAAGUGCGUGUGUUUGAGGCCAACGCGAGCGUCCGACACACACUUUGAGCCCCAUUUUUACAAAACUUUGCUCGGAUAUUUCCAUCCCUUUGUAAAAUCAAAAACC